AUGGACUCUGCAGAGUAUGUGCUCUGUGACUGGAAGGGCCAGCUCUGGCCUGCAAGGGUGUUGUCCAGACCCAGGACCCCAGCCCAUAGUAAGAGGAGAGGGGCGCCUUUCCUGGAGGUCCAAAUACUGCCUGUGGGUGAGAAGACGAGAGUGAGGAGCACCGAGGUGAGGCCCCUAGCCAAGUCUGAAAUCAUAAGCAUCGCCUCCUUGGCACGAAAGGAGUCACAGGGCAGUGGCUCGCCGGGGCAGACCAGGGCAUACAGGAGAGCCCUCAAGGUGGCCCUGGAUGUUCUGGGCGAGGGAACCUGUUUGUUUCAAGGAGGAAGAGCAGGCAGGCGAAGAACCAGCACGGUGGCUCCAAAGGUUCCGAAAGAACAGGCCAGCUCCAGCAGCUCCAGCCUAGGCCAGCACCUGCGCCUGCGCCUGCGCCUCCAAGGGCGCAACCAGAAAGGCCGAGGGCACUCCCAGACAAGUCCCGGGAAGCGGGGCCGCCCGGGUCCUGUGUUGAGGGGCUCACAGAAUGCGCCUGCAGUGCGAGGGGGGAGAGCCCAGGCCCACACUGCUGCAGGGCCCCCUCGCUUUGAAAUGCAAGGGAAUGUGUUAAGAGGCACCAGAGUGUGGCCAAGUUACUCAGAGGCACCUUUGGGAAAUGCUGGUGGUAAUACAGGGAAGAGAAAGCCAGGCGCAUCCAAGCUCAGGUCUUUGAGUGCCCCAGCCUCCAGGGAGGGUACCCGAGCUAAAACCAGGCAGCAGGCUUCCUCUGGGCCACCGAGGCGCAUCUCUAGCUCACCCAAAGCUCUCAAACAACGAGUUCGGUGUGCUGGCCUAGAGAUCCGGGCAACUGGAGCCCAAAGGAAGACCACCCUCCUGGAGAACAAGGGCCGUCCUGGCCAGGGGACCCCGAAGCCAGACUCAAAGGGGGCAUCGGCAGCCUGCUUGCCUCCAAUCCCGAGGCUGCGAAGGUCACUCCGCAUAGCUAGUCGAAAAAGGAAGAUCCAUGUGCUGUGUGCACAGUGCGGGCUCCCAGAACUGGAACGCCACCGAGCGCACUCAAAGGUGACUAACACCAGGUUCAAGAGGAGAGGGGCCGGAGUUCAAAAAGAUGCCCGAGCCACCAACGUGGCUUCUGCCCAGGGGCCCAGUACCAUUGAGCGAGGUACGCUGGUCUGGUUCAAAUUUCAGGACCUUCCUUUCUGGCCAGCCGUGGUCAAGAGUGUCAACAAAAACGACAAGAUGGCGAGGGUGCUGUUGAUCGAGGGCAACAUGCAGUUUGAGCGCAGGGGUGUCCGUGUCCCUCUCCGCAAGUUGAAGCACCUGGACUGUGGGGAGAAAAUAUCACUCGUGAGGAGAGCCAGCAGAAUGUACGCCCAGGGCAUCAACUGGUGCUUCUCGGUGAUCGACCACUACAGAGAGGACCUCGCCUGUGGCUCCUUCCGGGGCUCCUUUCUGGACUACUACACCACCCAAGCCAGUUACCCCCUAAGGAGAGCCAUCCAGGAGGGUGACCUGCACAUCAAUUUCCCCAAGGUGAGCUAUGCCGACUUGGAGGAUUGGGAGGAGGAGACUGUCCCGGGUAGGAAGGGGCCCCGCAAGAAACUCCUGCCUGACCGCAUGAGGGCCGCUUGGGACAGAGCCAACCAGAAGCUCGUGGACUUCAUCGUGAAGAGAAAGGGAGCUGACCAGCACCUGAUGGACAUUGUGAAGGGCAGAAAACCGUCCAGGUGGCUGAACGACCUUUGGAAAUCAGAGAGGGAAGUCUUCUGCAUUGAGACCUACCUGGAGGACGAGGACCAGCUGCAUCUCGUGGCCAGACAUUUGCUAGAAGUAGCCAAGGAAGCAGACCAGGCCCUGCUCUCGCUGGCAAGAGGAGACACAGUGCGGUUUACUAUGGAGGUGCUUCUUCCAGAAGCAAUCAUCUGCUCCAUCGCUGCCCUGGAUGAGCUCAGCUACAAGGAGGCAGAAGAGAAGUACCUGCGUGGCCCACCCUUGCACUACCGUGAGAAAGAGCUGUUCGACAAGACCGUCUUAAAGGCAGCCAGGAAGAGGUCAGCAGCCAGGAUUCAGGCUGCCAGGGACCCUCCUGUGCCCACUCCUUAG